CAACUCGUCCCAGCUGACAGCAAUAACAGACAUUCACGCCGCGACUUCCAAGGAGGAUGGACUACUCUGCAUUGGUCUCCCUUAUCCUGUUAGCUUGUUUUAUGGGACAAGCCUAUGGGGACGAUGAUCUUGGAAGAGGUCUAGGAGAGAAAUUUGAAUGGCACACCUUGGAGGAAGGCCUAAAAAUAUCAGAAACAUCAGGCAAACCAUUAAUGCUUAUAAUACAUAAGUCAUGGUGUGGAGCAUGUAAAAGUUUUAAACCAAAGUUUGCUGCCUCCUCUGAAAUACUGGCAAUGAGUGAGAACUUUGUCAUGGUGAAUACUUUGGAUGAUGAAGAGCCAAAGGAGGAGAAGUAUUCACCCGAUGGGGGGUACAUUCCACGUAUCCUCUUCUUAGAUUCGGAAGGCAAUGUUCACCCAGAACUAUAUAAUGUAAAUGGAAAUGCCAAGUACAAAUAUUUCUACUUUGAUGAUAAGUCUGUAGUAGCAACAAUGAAGAAAGCAGUCAAGGCAUUAUCUCCAGCGUCAAGAGCAGAAGAGCUGUAGAGUGUGACAUAGCAUAAAUUUGUAUUGCAAAGCCUUAUAUUUUAUCCAUGACUGAUAUUCCAAGAGAAUGCAAAUUAGUUAAAGAUGGCCAACUUUAGUUUUUUAAAUUAUUUUGUAUACUAUGGUUUUAUUUUUCUUGAUAGAUGUAACUAUUUUGUAAUAGAUAACAGACUUUGUCAUGUCUUAUAUUUUAGUGCAAUACCAAAGAGAAGUUUAUCCAGCUUUUAGGCUUUUAAAGCCAAUUAAUAUUUUUUUAGUUUACUUUUUGUUCCUUAAUUUUAUCAGAUUAUAUGUAUUGAACCAUAAUUAUUUAAUUUUGUGUGAAGAAGACUACAUAAGUUAGAACCGAUUAGAAAAAGGAUCUAUUACAGUAUUUUAUUUUAUUUUUUUAUUUUGAUUUAUUUAUUUUUUUACUUACUUACUUAUGUGUAUUUUGACACUUGUAAAAGUAGUUAUUCUACCAAAAUAAUUUCAACUAAAUUAUCCUGACAACUUGAAAGUAAUUUAAACAGUAGCACAAGUUGACUUACUAAGCAAAAAGUGAGUAUGAGUAUACAUAUAGUUUAGUUUAGUUUAGCUUAGAUUUUGAUUGCGCAAAUCAGAUUUUGACUUCAAGCUUUUAAGAUUUAUAUACAUAUGUAUAUAUGAUUAUAUAUGUAUGUGUGUGUGUGAAUAUAUAUAU